CUCUACAGACCACUCCUGCCUAAAACAGAACAACAGCAGCUGAUGUGUGACCAGCAUGAGGAGGAGAAGAUCAACAUCUACUGCCUCACCUGUGAGACACCAACAUGCUCUAUGUGCAAAGUGUUCGGGGCUCACAAGGACUGUGAUGUGGCCCCACUGCCAGACAUCUACAAGAGACAGAAGACAGAGCUAAGUGAUGCCAUAGCCAUCUUAGUGGCCGGAAAUGACGGAACACAGGCCCUGAUCUCACAGAUGGAGGAUAUUUGUAGGACUGUCAAGGAAAAUGGUCACCGGCAGAUGCAGUACAUCUCUGAUAAGUUUGAUGAAAUUUACGCCAUCCUAGAAGAGCGUAAAAGGGAAUUAAUAGAGACUGUCGGUCGUGAGCAGGAUCAAAAACUGGGCCAUGUCCGCUCCCUUAUCCGUCGCCACGGAGACCACUUGGAGAUAUCCAUCAAAUUGGUGGAGACAGCCAUCCAGUCUAUGGAAGAACCUCAGAUAGCUGUGUUCCUGCAGAACGCAAAGGAAGUGUUCAAGAAGAUCACAGACACUGCCAAGGCCUCCAACAUUGAGCGGACGGAGGCGGGCUACGAGAGCAUGGCCCACUUCAUCAUCAACACAGAGGAUGUGGCCGACAUGCUGAGAAGCAUCAACUUCCAAACAGGUGAAGAUGGGGAAGACAGCGAUGAUGAAGCCCCUGAAGACCUGACCCCCUCACCUGGUCAGACUGGUGAAUCAGGAAGACGCUUGUAACUUAUUUUUAAACCCAAGGGUAUUUCCUGUGCUGACUUAAGAGAGACUAUAAGGAGGAGGUUUUCUUUAAUCCUUUCAACAUGGCAAGAGCUUCUUUCAUCUGGUAUUUUGUGGUCCUAAAACUCCUCUUAGUUCAGUAAGAGGAAUUACAAAUUCUUUGUAGCUUCUACAUCCUGGAUGUUUAAAACUGUUUUGGUCUUUUUUUGAUCUUAAAAUGAGCUCAUAGGAAACCAGAAAACAUGUGUGGUUUGUUCCCCUCAAAA